AUGGCCCGGGAGCAGGACCCGGAGGACGUGCUGAGGGCAGAGAGGAGCCGGAUGAGAGGAAAGGAGGGGGUGGAGCUCGGCCAGCGGCAGGCCUUGCCAGUGCAGAACGGCCCCAGGGCGGCCAGUGGCCGCAGCGAGGCCUGGGAGCGCUCCACGCCGGGGCGUCCUCCGACCCCAGCUCCAGUCUUGCAGGACCAGCCAUGGGACAACCGGGGCGCCCAGCAUGUCGUCCCGCUACGGGAAGUGGAUGAAGGGCGCGUCCCUGCCAGUCAGAACCUGGUAAAACGUGAUCCCCCGGGGAAGAGAAUGCAAACCACUUCAGUGUUCGUGCCUCAAGAGCCCCGUGAACACAACGAAAAUGGGGAAAGCCACGACACCGGAAGAUGA